AUUACUAUCACUGCCACUCAUUUAAACAAUACCACACAGUAUAAAUAGAUUACAACCGUCUCAUUGCAGAAGCAAAACCAGCUUCAGAGAGAGAGAGAGAGAGAGAGAGAGAGAGAAAGAGAAUGGGAAGAAAACCAUGCUGUGCAAAGGAAGGACUGAACAGAGGGAAAUGGACAGUUAGAGAGGACAAGAUCCUUACCAAUUACGUUAACACCCAUGGAGAAGGCAAGUGGAGAGACCUGCCUCUAAGAGCUGGGUUGAAGAGAUGUGGAAAGAGUUGUAGGCUCCGAUGGCUCAAUUAUCUUCGACCAGACAUUAAGAGAGGGGAUAUUUCUCAUGAAGAAGAAGAGCUCAUGAUCAAACUACAUAAGCUGCUUGGUAACAGGUGGUCACUCAUUGCCGGAAGACUACCGGGGCGGACAGACAAUGAAAUCAAGAACUACUGGAACACCAAAUUAAGCAAGAGCGCAGAAUGUCGAAGAACUGAAAAUUCCAUGAAAAAACACAAGAAAUCGAAAAACCAAGAAUCCCCUGCAAUCAAACUUGCCACUGGAACAGAACAACACAAUGUGAUCAGAACUAAGGCCGUUCGCUGCACAAAACCAGUCGCCCCACAACAACCAAACGAUCCAGCAGUCAAUAAAAACGAAGCAAUUCCCACUGAGAGCCCUAAUUCCACUUCUCCCCAGCUAGUUGAUCAAGACGAUUCAUCGAACUUCUUGACGUAUUUCGACAUCAAUGACCUGUUGAUUUCGGACGUUCUCAACGACAAGUUUCACCAAGGGAGUAACGACUCGGAUUUUCGUCUCUCGGGUUUUGAGGACUUGCAGAGGAAUUCAACAGAUGAGAUAAUAAUGCAAGAAAGUUGGAAGGGUGGGGAUUACCCUCUUCAACCACAGGAAGCUUUGGAGCUCAAGACACUUGCAUCUUUUUUUGAGUCAGAGGAGGAGUGGACCACCAGAUGAUGGAGCAAUUGUAAUUAAGCAAGUUCGUUUAUAAACUAGUACUAGUCUAUGAACUGUGAAAUAUCACUGCAAAAUAUGAAAUUUCUCCGGUGUGUCAAA